CAAGCAUCAGGACCAGUUGGGAGUCAGUCACCGCUCAACCUCAGCAGCGCGCAAAACGCAGACUCACUCACUCUCUCACUCACUCACUCACACACAUACACACACACACACACAGUCAGCCAGUCCACCGGCCCUCGUUUUCCGCUUUAAAGAAAGCAACACAUGUGAGUUUUGUUUCUGCUGCGCUACAGGACGGCACGGACAGGACGAGCCCUGAGUGAGGAAACGCAGGUAAACGGAAUCUAAGCUUUUUCACAGAGAGGAGGAAAGGAAAUCCCCCCCCCCCCCCCCUUUCGCAGCUACCACCUUUUUCCUCCUCCUCGGACCUCUGUUCUCUCUUCUGGAGACGCAAGUUUCUCACACAAAAAGGGAUGCUGCAUGUUCCCGAGCCACACUUGCACUCAGAGGGAACCUAAAGUGGACCGGAGCGGGAAUUACACUUCAUCUGAUGCAAGCGCACCAAAACGGACACUUUUAGUGACUGGAGGAUCAGCGCGCUCCAUAAAAUGAUCCCAGUCGGCGGCGUGAUACCAUGUCGCAUCUCGUCUGAUGUUUGACACAUUUGAGGAGCGACUAAAGAAACUGGAGGAGGACAUUACAAAGUCUGAGAAUUCAUCCCGAGCCCCGCUGGCACCUUUUUACUGGAGUCCGAACAACAGAUCGCCGUCCAGAUGCAGUUUCGACUCUUCUCAUUUGCCCUGAUCGUAUUGAACUGUAUGGAGUACAGCAACUGUCAGGCGCCGUCGCACCGCUGGAGGAGAAACAAAAGAGCUAGCUAUGGAGCGUACCCCAUAUGUAAAGGCUGCUCGGUGUGCUCCAGGGACAACGGCUGUGUAAACUGCCAGCCCAAACUCUUCCUGUUUCUGCGGAGGGAAAGGAUGAGGCAGUACGGGGAGUGUCUUCACGACUGUCCAGCCGGAUACUACGGCAUGCGCAGCCCCGAACUCAACAUGUGCUCCAGGUGCAGGAUAGAGAACUGUGAGUCCUGCUUCAGUAAAGACUUCUGCACCAAGUGCAAGUUGGGUUUUUACCUACACAAAGGGCGCUGCUUUGAUAAGUGCCCCGAGGGCUUUGCUCCGCUGGAGGAGACUAUGGAGUGUGGAGAGGGCUGUGAGGUGGGCCAGUGGAGCGAAUGGGGAGCCUGCACCAGGAGAAACAAAACCUGUGGCUAUAAGUGGGGUCUGGAGACCCGGACGCGGCACAUUGUAAAGAAACCACCCAAGGACACAAUACCCUGUCCCACCAUCGCUGAGUCCAGGAUGUGCAAAAUGGCCAUGAGGCACUGCAGGAGAGGUGGCUCAGGGAAGCACCGACCCAAAGAACCAAAGAAGAAGAACAAGCAAAGGCUGCGGUUUCGGGCCCAGAACCAGCACAGUGACCACUUGGCCUCUGCGCGCUCCAGCCAGUGAGGACUGAAACUACCCCGCUGAACAAGGAACCAACGCAAAGCUGCUAGCCGCUGCUGCACCCAUAUUCUGACCCGACGACUACCACGAUUCCCCACCACCUCUCCACCUGCCUCCCUGGCCCUUCCCCCCACCUCUCCCCACCACCAGCUCACCGGGACAUGGCCAUGACUCACAAAUCCGUCACUGCAAAAAUAUAUGUCUAAUGUAUCAGUAUCAACAUACUAAACACAUGCUUCAUGUCUCUGCCUCCCGCUGCUUCUCCCCCUUACUGCAGUGACCAGCCAGGUGACUCUGUUACCCCUCAGCCCCGCCCCGCCCCUUGCCUUGCCGUGUGGACCUUUACAGUUGACAUUACUGAACUCAUUUCCCAUCAUUAACAACGUCAUUAACCAUCCAGGGUGAUGGAAGACGGACGAGCAACCAGAGACUGUGGAGACGGGAGAGUCAGACAGAGGGAGGUGGCUAGAAGAGGUAGUGAGGCAAGCUAAACUGCUCGCGGAAUGGGGGUGGGAGGGGUUGACCAGGGAGGAGAUAAAAAAAAAAAAAAAAAAAAAAAGAUGGAGGAUGAAGACGCAGAAGAGAUUCGGCUGAAGCAAAUGAUGCUGAUGGACAAGAAAAUGGCAUCUUGAACUGAAAGAGACUGUUUUUUGUUCCUAUAUUUAUGUCAAAGCUACCCUCACCUUCCUUCUAAAUGGAGACAGAGUGUUCCCAUGUGUGGCCUUUAUGUUAUGUACAUUUUUGAGAGUAAUAUUAAAAGAAACUACCAUGCAUAGUUGCAAAGUAUUUUAUUCUCAGCACAAACUGUUUACGUUCAGACCGCUUUAUGCUCUAACUGUAUAGUGUGGAUAAAAAAAGAAGAAAUUUAGUUGUUCGACUAGCAUGGCAACAGACUCGUGUACAUAGUUUAUCUAAUUAUGAAAGCUUAUUACUGUAUUUUCAGUAUUGACUCGUUCACCGUUCUAAAUGUUUUAGAGAUAAAAAGGUUGUAAUACCAAGCUACAGAUUAAAGUGAUUAAAAACAAAUAAUAAACAUAGCCGCCACAUAGUUAUUUCAUUUAUAUGGUAUAUAUUUGAUUUAUUUAUUAAUUCUAUUUUGUACUUUUUUUGUUCGGUGAGAAUUUUUGCCUCAUACUGUUACUCUUAUAUGCUGAAAUAUUCUUUGAGUUCCUUAUAACAGUGCAUAUCUUUAACACGUGGAAAAGGUUUCUGUCUGAUGUCACGCAAAGUGUUGUAUUACAUUCAUUUGACCUCAUCUACUGAUUUCAAUGUUUUAAAGAAGAAGAAAAAAAGACAAAUAAAACUAUGCUUUGACAUAUUCUAGGUUUAAUAAUUAGGAUCCAGCAAAUGUAUGGUCAUAGGACUGCAUAUGUGUACAUUGUGUUUUAUUAAAAUACACUUCAUGUGACUGUACGAUGAAGCCUUUAUUAUUGUCUAUGGCUAUAAUAUAUGUGGCUAAACUCUGAAA